AAUUCUUAUAACUACCAUUAUAAUUGGCUAAAAAAAUCUAGACAACAAUCUCUUGAAAAUGUGAUGAAAAGAAGAUCAGUGGCUCGACCUCACAUCACAACUCUGAUGAAUACUUGAUAGUUUUCUCUGUCUACAACGAAUGAACCAUGAAGCCUCCUUUGGAACCAAGCAAAGAAGAUUGUUGUAAUAGUGGUUGCAAUCCAUGUAUAUUUGAUGUAUAUGAAAAACAGUUAGCUUUAUACAAUAAAUAUUUAGAAAGUGGCGAACUUCCAGGAGAUCCUCAAAAAAAUGCUAUAUCUCAAACUAAAUAUACGAAUUUCAUUGUUAUAGAAAAUUUGCACAUAAGUGAAUCACAUAGGCUGCUUAAGUUUAGAAAUAAAUUAGGUGGUAAUGAAAAAGUUUUUUGGAAACCAGGUGAUCACUUUCUUGUUAAGUUUUCGUCCGAAAGUAUCUCAUGUAGCAGAGCUUAUACACCAAUAAAAUUGAAAUGUAAUGAAGACAACUUUGAUUUUUUAGUUGUAGUUAAAAAAUAUGAAAAUGGUCUUGUUUCUAAAUAUUUAUUUAAUUUAAAGCUAGGAGAGGAUACAUUAUGGCGUGGUCCCUAUGGAUCUUAUGAUAUGAAUCCCAACAAAUUUAAGAGGAUAUUUAUGAUUGCCCAGGGUACAGGGAUAGCUCCUUUUAUUUCUAUUAUUGAAGAAAUUUUAAAUAAUGAAGAUGAUUUUACUAAAUUGUUCCUGUAUUACAGUUGCCGUAGUUUAGAAGAUGUUUUGUUUAGAGAUUGUUUAUAUUCUUUUAAAUCCUUCUGGAAUUUUUCAUACACAAUAUUCCUGAAGGUGCCAACAGAUAAUGAUGGCUUUAAGUAUCAGGAACCAAUUAGAAAUUAUAAAUUAAAUAACAAUGAUUUUGCUAGCAUCAGACCAUUUAAUGUAGAUGACCAAUUUCUGGUGUGUGGAUCUACAAAGUUCAUGGAAUCUUAUAGAGACUGGUUGUUAGUAACAGAAAAUUUUCAAGGAGACAUUAAACUGUUUUAGUUAUAAUUAUGCAGCACCUACAUAUUAUUUAAUUCCUUGGAAAAGAAGAUUAACAUUAAAACCCCUUUCAUCCAAAUAUAUCUAUAUAGAGGCUAAAAUUGUUAUUAGAAACGACAAAUGUAAAAUACUGAACAUAUAUUACUAGCUGCGGCCUGGGCUUCGCUCCCGUGUUAAUUUCGGGAUGUGUUAUUACAGGUUAUAUUUUACCUGUAUACCAAAUUUCACUUAUAAUAUUAGUAGGAUUGGAGUUCCAAUAGGAUCGAAUCCAGUUAGCUUACUAGCUAGUUACUAGAAGUAGCAAUAUUUGUUGUUGUUAAUAUCUACUAAUUGUUGUGUUCCUUGUUAUAAGCUUAGAAGCAUGGGUUAUUUUUUUAAUAAAUAAUUUUUAUUUUUUAUAAACCA